UCCUCGAGUGUCGGCGGCCGGAGGGUGGGCAGCCUGGCGGCAGGUGCCGCCGCGGCCGCCGCCGCAGUCUCCUCCGGGUCCCGGGUCUUCUCGUCCGCUCGUGGUGAUGCGCUGGGCCCCGUCGGGGGCUGCACCUGCCGGCUGCCCAUCACCCGGGGCCUCCUGGCGUGACCUCGGCCUCCUCGCGUGCCCGGCCCCCGCGGCGCCGUGCUGCCCCUGAGAGGGAGCGGCAGCGGCCUCCUCCGCCCCGAGUCCUCGCUCGGGGGCCGCGCGGACAGAGCGCCUGGCCCCCUCCCCUCCCCCGUCCGCCGUCCUCAAUGUCUCCCCGGCGGGGAGGGGGCUGCCUGGGAGACGCGCUGAGCGGCCCCCCCCGGAGGCCCAUCGGCGGCAGCAGCAGCGCCCAGCCCGGCGCCCCGCAGCCUUCCCCGGCGGCGGCGGCGGCCUGGAGAAGCCGCGCACCCGCCGCCGCCCCCGGAGCCUCGCAGCCGCCGCCCGGCGCCCGAGGAGAGGGCGGCGGGCGCCCCCCGGGGAAGAUGAAGGCGGAGGGGGGCGACCACUCCAUGAUCAACCUGUCGGUGCAGCAGGUCCUGAGCCUCUGGGCCCACGGGACGGUGCUGAGGAACCUCACGGAGAUGUGGUACUGGAUCUUUCUGUGGGCUCUCUUCUCCUCGCUGUUUGUCCAUGGUGCUGCUGGAGUGCUGAUGUUUGUCAUGCUGCAGAGGCACCGGCAGGGCAGAGUGAUCUCUGUCGUCGCAGUCAGCAUCGGAUUUCUGGCUUCUGUAACUGGAGCGAUGAUUACUAGCGCGGCGGUGGCGGGGAUUUACCGAGUGGCGGGGAAGAACAUGGCCCCCCUGGAAGCGCUGGUCUGGGGCGUCGGACAGACUGUACUGACGUUAAUCAUCUCCUUCUCAAGGAUCCUCGCCACACUCUGAGGUUUCUGUGGGAACGGCUUACUUCACAGAAGGAAACGGAUGUACAGAAUCUCUGAAAAUGGCAUCGUUAACACGUGGGAUUGAGGUUGUGCAGGAACGUGGAAGGAGCAGGUCAGAACAUGAGGCCUUGCGCCGUGUGGGGAGACCGCCCUCUGGUGUCGAGAGCUCGCACUACCGCCCUGCACCUUACGUGCCUCGUCCGGCCAGGCGCGCCGCACGGUGGGAAGCUGCGGGAACAGCACCUUGCUCGCUGCCGAUCAGGUUAACGUUGGUGUUGAAUCUUCGUUCUCAACAGUGUUGUAUUAAGUUGCAGGGAUGUUUUGAGGAAAUGAUAUAUGUGCCAAACUUUUCUUUUUUUAACAUUGGUCAUGUGACAAUUUGCCAGUGUAGACGUAGAUGAGUGCUGUGAACGUUUGACAGGAAUUCAGGUAACCUAGUGAGAUGUUUGUUUCGUGAUGCUAAAUCCUGUCUGAGUGCUGAAGACAUUUAAUAUGAGAUAAAUUAUUUGAUUUUUGAUGUUGAAUGUUUCUGGGAUUUAGGGCUUUCGUAUGUUUAGGCAUUAUUCUCAUUUAAUUUAUAUGGAAAAUAAUACUUAAUGGAAAACUAAAGUCUUUUUAAGGACUCAAAGUAGAUCUAUAGGGUGCAUCCUUUUCACUCACUUAAAUAACACUCUUAAUAGUUUCCCUUAUACAUCAAUGUUCUGUUGAUAAGAAUUCAAAAACUUUGAGUCACGCACAUCGAUUGUAGUUUGUGUCAUAAAAAUGUAAUUUGAAAAUUUUGUUGUAAAUUUUUUAAGAAAAGAAGUCUGAAAUGCAUGUUGCAUUCCUUGACCCUUCUAAAGAAAGUUUUGACCAUGUAUUUCAUGGAGAAAACAUCUUUAUAACUAGUAUCUCAGUGGGAUUAUAUUACUUGUUACAUAUGUCUUGAUUUUUGACAAAAUGUAAACAGUCUUUCAUUCUGGAGUAUUAACUAUAUUUAAAGAGUGGCCUAAAUUAGGCUGUGGAAAGAAAAAGCCUCAUUUGUAGAUAAGUGACAAGUAAGUUAUAUAGGAAGAGUAAUAAACUGUCUCACUUUGGAUAUGUGGUAAUAUAAUUUCGCUGAGUAAAAAUGGAGGAAUUUAAUAAAUAAUUUUAAAAUUUGGAAUUCACCUCAGCAUAUCAAGACAGUACUGAACAUAUAUUUGGGUGAUUCAUUUCAGUUGCCCAGUCCUUGAUUUAUGUUCUCAUUUAAGUUUACUAGAAUCUGUGAUGACAUUUGUUAGAAGUGAAAAAUUACUUAGUAUAAAACAUUUGGAGAGGUUUUGGUGAUAUAUAAUUGUUUUUAACAGUAUAGGAAGUGAGGGAAACAGAACUGGUGGAAUUUGUCCUCUGAGAUUUUUCUAAUACCAGGUACAAUUAUAAGUGGGCUAACUCAACGGAAGAGCCCCUGUAGAGAAUAGGAAGUUAAGGACAAUUCCAAAAAUAAUCUGCACAGUCUAGCCUCGCUGUUUUAUAACCUGACAUGGUAAAAAGCAGAUUUUAUUAGGUUCCAUUUAAAUUUAAGUCCUUUGCUACCCACGCCACUUUUUCUCCACCAAAAAGCAGAAUAUAUCAACAACUUCACAGUGAGGAGCUAGGGCGAUCCUUUUCCCAGUGGGGAAGCCAGUUUUGGGGGGUUUGCUAAUGCUGUGGCUUGGAAAUUUGUUUUAAAAAACCCAAUAAGCAACUCUGCAUUCUUAGAGAUCUCUGAAGUAAUUCUUCAAAUUGAUUCUUUUUAUUAUGUACAAGCCUGAAAUUAUUUUCCAUGUGUUCUUUGUAUUCCUGGUAUUUUCUCAAAUUAAAUUUAGGCAUCAGUUUUCCAGGUCAGGUUGAUCUCUCUUUUUAUGUUAGACUUGAAUUGUGCUCUUCCUUUACUGUGGCUUUUCUGUCAAUAAUUUAAAGUGUUCAUAUUCUUUGAGAGGAAUUCAAUAACAUGUUGAAAUUGUUUCAGACCCACAAAGUGAAUAUUUGUUUUAACAUAUGGUUAUUUUAUGAUUUAAGAAAGUUGUCAUGGUAAGGUAAUAUGGAGCACAUGGUUCAGAAUCCACAAUUAACCAGAAAAUAGCUUAGACACAUUAAAUGUGUGAACGCAUGCGCCAAAGAGACUUAAACUCCUGUUUCUACUCUAGAAUGGAAGUAUAAUUGGAUGGUUAAUAGUUAGUUUGUAGAGUCUCCUGCAAUUAUCUCAUUAUCAAGUUGCUUUAUGUUACGAAUUGUGUGUGUGUAUAUGUGUGUGUGUAUUUUUAACUUUUGGGGAAAUUUUUGGUUUCUUUGUUGUUUUUAGUUAUUUCCAUUGGGAUUUUGUGCAGCUGUCACUCUUAGGAUGUUUUGAAAUGCAGUUGAAUAGUGUGAAUUGAUGAAAUUGUCUUAAUAGCUAUUUCUAUGCUGAGAUUUUUAAAAAGUUAAUGGUUUUCCUAUAGAUACAAGAAAGGUUUAAUGAUAUAUAUCUACACACACAUAUAUAUCAUUAUAUACAUAUAUAUAAAGCUGCUAUAUAUGAAUACAGUCUAACUGGAAAGCUUUUGUUCAAUGAACACUUUCAUAUUCUAGUGGAUAAUUUGGUAUAUUUGUUGAGUUGAAUGACCUUUUAAUUAGGUUUGAGGAUGUUUGAGAUUUUUGAAUUUGGGGAAAUUUUUUUGUUUUAAUAGUGCUGUUUGUGAUAUGACAAAAGCCCUUAUUGAUAUAUUUGGGUUACAUCUUCUUAAAAUUUGUAUGUGAGUUAGCAGCAGAUUUUCUUUGUGAUAAAUGCAGGAAGCGAGGGGGAAAUCUUCUGCAGUUUACACUCCUUUAUUUAAAAUAAUGUUUAAUAAAGUAUUGCUGACAGUAACAUCCAUUCCCCAAAGAAGAGACUGCUAUAUCCCCUGACUAAUGAUUAUUUAACAUACUGGUUAGAAAUGUCACCGUUAAUGAUCACCGUUAGUCGGGGGGGCAUCGUGUAAGCUACAGAUAUGCGUGCAGUCUUUAAAUGAAGGAGGUGCAAGCAGUCAGCCCCAGGGCAUGCGUCUGUCUGUUGCCUAGAGUACGGGAAGGCCUAAAUGGUGGCUGUGUCCGUGUUUGCAGCUUGAUUAUCCUCCUUGUAGAUCUUACUGUUUACUCAACAGUGUUAGAGUGGGUUACCCAGUGUACUUUCUUAGUAUUUGCAGCAUACAUUUCCACUGCCCAAAAAAGUGUAAGGGUUUUGUUUGUGCUUUAAGUGAGAAAUAAAGAAAUAAGCUGCCCUCUAGAUCAUGUGUUUGUGAUGUAAGGAACAGGAAUAAUUUUAAAUCAAACAGUGUUGUUGGACAGAGUCUUUAGAGAACCUCUAACGAAGAUGAGGAGAGUGGGGCUGCCAUGUUCACGUGCCCAGGCUGACACUUAAAUGCCAACCAGCUUAGUUUUGUAAACGUUUUUGGUGGAUCCACUGUGUAUAGAGUGCUGUGCCGAGUGUUUUCUAUAGAAAGUACAAGGAUGACCACGAGGGGAUUCCUCCCUUGUCCACCAGGAGCUAGCAAAAUGAUCUAAAUCCUUAAAAGUUUGGGACGACAUUUUGCUUCCUGAUUCUAGUUGAGAGUUUAAGUCCUGUUUUUUCCCUCAAAUUCUGAUUUUCCCAGUUUAUCCAUCAAAUGGAAUUUCAGUAACUGAGAUAUCAUUGCUGUGACAUACUGAAGAGAAUACUAGAAUCUAAGCCAGUGACAUAGAUUUGAAUCCAGGCCUUGUCACUUGUCGACUUCUUGUUUAUGAAUGGCAAAGCAGUGCACACUUGACAGUAAAUGAUCAAUAGAUAGUCAUUAGAAUUUUUUAAUCACAUUUUGCAUUACCAGUUGAAUAUAUUGUUUUGCAAAACUCGUCUGUUUUCUUCCAUUUCCACAUUUCCCCUACAUAUAUUUUAAGAAGGAAACUAAAAAAUUUUUCGUAUAAUCUUGCUUUCUUUACCUCCACAUCUUUAUUUUUAAAAUCAGCAGAUAUUUAUCUAAGAGCACUUUUGGGAGUUGGUGGUGUGGAAAUGGCCUGGGCAAGCAGGAUUAAAUUAGGAGUGCAUUUACCAGUACUAAAAUGGGAAAGGGGUAAAGGCGGCCAGUAUUCACCCCUUUACCUUGUCCUGCUUCCUUCUAGUAGAGUCAGCCAACAUUCAUUGAGUCUCUGCUACACGUGACUUACCAUCCUUGUUUUAGGGAUGGGCAAGUGUCUCCCCCGUAGGUCCACCUUCUUCCUCCACCCUGGGAAUUGAGUUUCGUGGUGUAGUGCCAAUUCUGUAGGAAAACAGCACUGGGCUUCACUAUCUACCAAGUCCUUCCUUCCAUCGGCCAAAGAUGCAUAAGCCCUCGUUGUAGUUUGUUUGCUUGUUAACUUAAAAGGUAAUACUGUUAUUUUUAAUUUAUGUCCAUUUUAUAAUUCAGGAAGCAACAAGAUGCUAAGAGUACUUUCUGAAGUAGUCUUAAACUACUACACUCUUGGAGCCGUUAACAGAUUUUUCUCUCAUCAAGUCUUGAUCAGAAUCUCUUCAAAGACUUAUUACUUGUUUGUAAGAUGUGAAGAGUGUGGAAAGUUACUGAAGAAAUUCCAGUGCAGAGAAGUUUGGCAACACUUCGUGGGUGCCUGGGCAAAUUGCUGUUUUUUUCUCAUAAUCAGGGAUGAGAAUUUUAGUAGUUAAAGUUGACUAGUAGUUGAAUGGUCUCAGAAUUUCCCUUCAGUUCCAGUCCUUUUUAUAAAGUCUUGAAAGGACACUCUCCAGGAUAAAAAGGACAUUAUUUAGUUAAAGAUGAUAAAGUUUUUCAAAGAUGUGGUAGCAUUUUGUAGCAGAAGGAAGUGUAAAGGCAGGAGGAAAUGUCGGAGGGGUGAGGCGUAUGUGAUGAAGUUCCCACAUUGUGUGAGCACCGCCUGCCCCUUCUGUGAGGACUGUGGACCACGCUGUGUGAGGCUGUGGACUGCGUGUUUACAAAAUGCUGUGUUUCUGUAUGUGUGAGACUUAACUUACACAGAGCAUUUGGAACCGUAUUACAUUGGUGUGUGUGUGGUGGUAGGUUUGCUCUGCUAACUGGAGAAUCUCUUCAGUGUGGGCCAUACGAUGUUUCUGAGGAGGCUACUGAAGGAGUUAUCUAAAAAUGUAUUUGUGAAUUUGUUUGGGGGAAGUGAUGCUUAAUAUAUACAGUACUUUCUGUAAAUGUGGAGAUGUACCAGUUACGACUUUAUUAAAUUAGUGGAAACACCCAAAUUUCUGAGUGAACUGAGCUAUGAACCGUAACCAUCUCCUCCCGUGAGUUAGGGACUCACUUUCACAUUCAUUGCACAUUUGUUGAAUUUCUGUAAUAGCCCUUUCUUGAUUUUGAGAACUAUUUAGCAGUUUCUUAAAAAAUCUCCUUCUCCCUUCCAUACAGAUGUCAUAUGUUAUAGUUGAAACAUAUGUACAGUUUGUUGAUAGAAUCAGAAGUGCUGGUUUAGAAGAGAAUGUUCUCAACACCUUAUGGUUAUGCAGCUAUAAUCUUACUGAAAAGUAAAUACUAUAGGCAAGUCAAGAGAGCAUGAACCGCUUACAUAUUUUUUACAUUGUGUACUGCACCCGUAUAAUGUAGAUCUCCCCUCAGGGGUAACGUGACUGCCCCCUUUUGGGGGAUGUAUUUAGGUAUGUCACUGAAAUUGGAAAGCAGUGUAACAUAAAUAUAUAGGAACUAUAAUGCAUAAUCUCCAUAACUGCAACACUUUUUCUCCUAAAUAUAUUUUAUAUUGCUAAUUUCUAAAAAUCAUCACUUUUUUAGAGCCCUGUAUAAAUGAACAUUAAAUCUAUAGUACUACUGAUGAUGAAAUGUUUCCUUUGUUUUUAAAUUAUUUUUACAUCAUCACUAAUUAUCUUUGGGAAGGAACAUUUUAAAGUUUUCUCCACAGAAGCAAGAUAGCGGCACUUGUUUGAGUAGUAGAAAUGAUUUACUUUCAGUGCUGGGUGAGGUAAUAAUUGUUAACACUUUUUUAGUAUUUGUGAUACUGGAUGCAUUUACAAUGGAGGAAUUUUUUUAAACUCUGGCCCUCUCCCCAACACACAUGCAUGUGUGCACACACAAACACACAUACUUACAUGAGCCCUACCCAUUUAGAUGAUCAGUGUAAAAUUCCACAGUAUUUUUCGUUUAGGUCAUAUAACUUGGUAAAAUUCAUAUGAUUCUAACAUAAAGUAUUAACCCCUGACUCUAGUCAUUCUAGGAUGAGGGGAUCAACUUUCUUUUAAAGUUAACCAACUAAAAUGCCUCUAUUUAAAUAGCAAAAAUAUAGUUUACCUAAUAGGUAUUAAAACUCACUUUCAAGCUGUGUUAACUCUCAGACCACUGAUGAAUCAUUUAGUGAACCACAGUACCGUUUUCGAAAGCUAAAUGAUGCCUUAGUGCCUUGGAAGUUAAGAUCCUUUUGCAAAGUGAAUUUAGGGAGAUACAGGAUCAGUUCACCUGUUACUGGGGAUUCAGAGUUAGGGUCAGUGUAAUUGAAUUAACUCCUUAUGGUUUAAUAAAUAUAAAUAUCAGUUAUUUCACCAUUGACUAUGACAGAUGACAACUACUUCCAUUGCAUUUUUAUAAUGUGGCAUUUGUCUCUAUUUUUUCUUUUUCCAAGUAAGUUUGAAAUGGGGAAAAACGUAGUUGAGAUAAUUAAAUGUGAGAUUUUAAAAUUUAGUUUUGUUGUAAACUAGAGAUUCUAGUGUGAACAGUGUUAGUUUUAUAUUGUAGUCCAAGGGCAGACACUUUAUGUAACCUUUAGGAAUAUGUUUACCAUCAGGGAUUUAUUUUUACUAUAGAAAUAUUUAACGUACUGUGAAGCUUAAAGACAGGAAGAACAAACAUGGAGGGGUAACGCGCAGCCGAGGCGUCUGUGAUGAAGCACCCUGCGUCAUGUGAACACAUCCUCCCUCUGUUAAGACUUUAAACUACACUGUAUGGGUAUGUGUGCUGCAUGUUUACAUAAUACAAUUUAAUUUGGAAGGGUUAUUUAAAAAACUAUGUUUAUGUAUAAUACCUAACAAGCUGUAAAUAUUGUAUAUACUAUUGAUUUUUAAUUUUAUAUAAGCAGUUUUUUAAUUUCCCAAUUCAUGUACAAAUCUCAUUGUGUAUAUAGCAUAAUUUCCUGGAGAACACAAUUUUUGCAGUGAAUUUUAAUUAUUUUAAUUGUGGUAAGCAUCAGGUUAGCCUUAGAGAUGUUGAUCUUUAUUUUAAAUUAUUUUUCACCACUCAUUUUCUUCAAAGGGCGGCAAUAAACAUACGCAAGUUACUUUUGGUUAUAGAAAGUUGGUCCGCAAAGAUAAGAUCUAGGUUCCAAUUCAUUGCUUUCCAGAAAAGAUGCACAGUGAACAUCAUCCGCUGUCUAAUCACAGGACUGUUUCUGAGGUCCCUAUGUGUCUCUCUUCUUUGUAAUAUACAGGGUGAACUCUUCACUGAUACACACAAAACACCUGUUAAAAGUGAACCCAGCACUCAAACAUUACACAGAAUUUAUUGGAUUAAAGAUUUGUAAUAUACAGUAUUUUAAUAAAGUUUCUGUAUUCAAUUUCAUGCACUUAUAUAUAAAUAAACCUGUCUUUAAAAGCUUUA